GUCUCUGAGACAGGCGGCGUCGAACAAAGAAUGUCGCGUCUUGCCACGUGUCUUAUCUUGCCCCAUUUUACCCUACAUACUUAUUCAGUGGUGUGACAUUCAGACGACUACCAACUGGUUUCGAACACAGCCGCACCACAGCAGGCUAGCUCCGCUAUCUUUAGAUAAUCCAAGAUAGAAGGCCAGAUGCCCCUAUGACGUCCUCUCUGUCACACGAAACCGUUAUCUAAGGGCGAGCAGAACUCAACCCGUCGACGCAUACAUCAAUCACGUCUGCAGCAGCCAUGCUUCACUCACAGAGACUUGUGUCCCGAACCGCUUCGAUUAUAAGAGUUCGUCGGUCUUCGAGCAAGGUACCACCAAACUUAACGGGCGUCUUUCCUCCUAUUACUACACCGUUCAAGAGCAGCGGUGACGUCUGCUAUAAAUCUCUGGAAGAGAAUCUUCAGCUAUGGUCCAGCGUUCCAUUUCGAGGCUACGUUGUUCACGGUUCAACAGGAGAAUGUGCACUUCUCAACAGACAGGAGAGACUGGAUAUUUUGAAGGCAGUGAAACGUGCGGUGACUGAUGACAAAGAGAUCAUUGUGGGUGUAGGGUUAGAGUCGACGAGGGACACGGUAGAGUUGGCUAAAGAGUCGGCGGCGCUAGGCGCGGAUGCGGUGCUGGUGGUGACACCCUGGUUCUACAAGGGCCGCAUGACUCCGGCUGCACUGGAAGCUCACUAUGCGACUGUGGCGGAUCAAAGUCCAGUACCGGUGGUGUUGUACAGUGUCCCAUCUAAUACGGGAGUGGAACUCCCUGCUGAGGUAGUUGUACGUCUUGCGGCUCACCCUAACAUCGUGGGGUUCAAGGACAGCGGAGGAGACGUCUCCAAGUUGGCCCUCAUCGCUCAUGGUACAUCCGACACGGGCUUCAAGAUCCUAGCAGGAUCUGCGGGCUUCCUCUUGCCGGCCAUGGAAGUCGGUGCGGCGGGCGGCGUAUGCGCCCUCGCGAACGUCCUCGGAGGUCCUCUGUGCGACCUGUACGACCUUCACGUUCGAGGCAAACGCGAUGAGGCAAGAGUUUUACAACAAAGGCUAGUGUUACCUAACAUAGGGGUGACGAAACAGUUUGGCAUCGCUGGAGUCAAAGCAGCCAUGGAAUGGUUCGGUUUUAAAGGCGGUCCGGUAAGAAGGCCGCUAUUGGAACUCGAUGAACAAGAAAGGCGACAGCUGAUGAAUACGUUCGUUGGUAAUGGGUUUUUACCGAAGUAGGAAAGACGUGUAUAUUUGUGAGGGUAGUAGUAGAGUUGCCUGAAUGAGAAGAAAACAAGCGACACUUAGGAAUAUACUUGUUGAGAGUCA